GGGACCCGGAUGUGCGCGGUGGCGGCGGCCGGCGAGCUCGGGAGCGCCGCGGAGAGGCCUAUGGAUGAGGAGGACGCGGCGGCCCCGGUUUGUUCUCAUGAACAAGAUGGACGACCUCAACCUGCACUACCGGUUUCUAAACUGGCGCCGGAGGAUCCGGGAGAUUCGGGAGGUUCGGGCUUUCCGGUAUCAGGAGAGGUUCAAGCACAUUCUUGUCGACGGAGACACUCUGAGUUACCAUGGAAACUCUGGUGAAGUUGGCUGCUAUGUGGCGUCUCGGCCCCUGACCAAGGACAGCAAUUAUUUCGAGGUGUCCAUCGUGGAUAGUGGGGUCCGGGGCACCAUCGCCGUGGGGCUGGUCCCGCAGUACUACAGCUUGGAUCACCAGCCCGGCUGGCUGCCGGACUCCGUGGCCUACCACGCUGAUGAUGGCAAGCUGUACAAUGGUCGGGCCAAGGGCCGCCAGUUUGGGUCAAAGUGCAACUCUGGGGACCGGAUUGGUUGCGGCAUCGAGCCCGUGUCCUUUGACGUGCAGACCGCCCAGAUCUUCUUCACCAAGAACGGGAAGCGGGUGGGCUCCACGAUUAUGCCCAUGUCUCCAGACGGGCUGUUCCCGGCAGUGGGGAUGCACUCCCUGGGCGAGGAGGUCCGCCUGCACCUCAACGCCGAGCUGGGCCGGGAGGAUGACAGCGUCAUGAUGGUGGACAGUUACGAGGACGAGUGGGGCCGGCUGCAUGACGUCAGGGUCUGCGGAACUCUGCUGGAGUACCUGGGCAAGGGCAAGAGCAUCGUGGACGUUGGGCUGGCCCAGGCCCGGCACCCGCUGAGUACCCGGAGCCACUACUUUGAGGUGGAGAUCGUGGACCCCGGAGAGAAGUGCUACAUUGCCUUGGGGCUGGCGCGGAAGGACUACCCCAAGAACAGACACCCCGGCUGGAGCAGAGGGUCCGUGGCUUAUCACGCAGAUGACGGGAAGAUCUUCCACGGCAGUGGUGUGGGGGACCCGUUUGGGCCACGCUGCUACAAGGGGGACAUCAUGGGCUGUGGAAUCAUGUUCCCCCGCGACUACAUCCUGGACAGUGAGGGUGACAGCGACGACAGCUGUGACUCCGUGAUCCUGUCCCCGACGGCCCGGGCCGUCCGGAACGUCCACAACGUCAUGUACCUGCACCAGGAGGGGGACGACGACGAGGAGGAUGAGGAGGAGGACGAUGGGGAGGAGAUUGAGCAGGAGCACGAGGGGAAGAAGGUGGUGGUCUUCUUCACUCGGAACGGCAAGAUCAUCGGGAAGAAGGACGCGGUGGUCCCCGCGGGGGGCUUCUUCCCCACCAUCGGGAUGCUGAGCUGCGGAGAGAAGGUCAAAGUGGACCUGCACCCCCUAAGUGGCUAGGGGCAGGGCCAGGGACCAGCUCCUGACUUGCCCAGGAGUGGGGCGCCCAGCCCGCUCAGGGGCCCCGGGGUGGCCGCUCAGGCC